UCUGUUCCUCAAAGCUCACUGUUUUCCUCGAACUAAGCUUUCGGGAAAGUGUUCGCUUCUGGAAACAGAUAAUGUCCGCGGAUAAAUAUCUCGGCAGAUUUUCGCGCCAAAUGGAGGCUAUUGUAUAUACAUACAGUCCAACCCCUAUUAAGCGGCCACCCCUAUUAGGCGGCCAGUAAUCAAAGUCCCGAUGGGGGCUUUUCUACUGUUUCUACCUCUGCUAAGCGGCCACUAUCCAUUUCUCCGAGGGUGGCCGUUUAAUAGGGGUUGAACUGUACUUACAAUAACCUGUAAAGUUCCGUACAACAGCAGUUUACGAUGCCGUAGUCGACAAUUUGUUGUAUAUUUCUCUAACAAAAAAAUUUCGAUCGUGAUUGGUUCUCGGUGUACCUAUUUGGCACGUAAUUGGCGCGCGAUCUAGUGGAUGUCCAAUUACAACUUUUUGUAAUUGGGUACCUGUACUUGGAUAGCUACACCAAUUGCACGUUAAUUAUGUGCGCUUUAUAGCUUCCUCGUAAAUGUUUCCUACUUUUUUUUUAACUUAUUUAAAGCAAUACUGACUUUUUCGUGCCAAAGUUCUUCAAAUUACCCGCGCGAAUAUUCCUUGAUUUUGUACUCCACUCAGUCCAAUUAUUAUUACUAAUAAAACAAUUAAUUAUGAUCCUGUUCAAUAUGGGCCCGAAGUUUCAACUCGGCAUGAGGCUGACGUCUAGAUCGGGUAAUUAUCGGACGAUACUUCUUGCUAUUUCGCUUGUAAUUGCUCGUCGAGUGAGAAAUCACAGCUUAUUUUACACGUGGUACUGACGUCACUGCAAAACUUCCUGUUGAUCCACGAGAUACCAAAAUAUUUAUAAGAAGAAACUUCGGUAUUGGAAAUUUCCCGUCUCACUUCUGAUCCUGGUAAACGUAUUGGUUUCUGUAAGUACAUUUGUGUUUACAUUUGGUGACGGUAAUUUCCACUAUGAUUCGCUAAUCUUAUUUUCUAUCACCAAUAGGGUAAUUUUUUUUCUUCAAAUACCUUAUUACAUUCGAUAAUGUCCGUUAGUGCAACAGUGUUUCCAAAGUCUCAAUAACUAGCAAUUUCCAACGCUCUACUAAUAUCGAAUAUGAAUUUUUCAACGUUCAAAUACACAAACAAAAAACUUCGCUAACUUUAACUUAGCCUGCAAGGAAAAGAAUUCAGUCCACUCAGAAUUCCGACUAAUUUAUGUGAAGGAAUUUAGCCUCUUGAACACAAUUUUAAAUAUUGAGACUGAAAGCCCAAUUAACACGUUAACUCUGUUCACACUUUUUUCAAACUAAAACCUCAUCAAAAACGUUUCGACAAAGCACUAAUGAGGUUGGUCCAGAGGCUGUCCUUGUUAGAAAAACUGGAAGUUUUUCAAAAUCCAGAAGAAACCUUUUCUGCAGAUAGAAAUAUUGUGACAAAUGUCCCUGUAGAGGCCAAUAUCGUAAAGUGCGACGCCAAACAAAUAAUAGCUUUCGAUCAUAAGCUUAAUCGUGUAAUUAUGACAGCUAAACCACAUUUGCAAAGGCGUUUUACCGAUAAGGCAUUUUACCGUAAAAUGUGCGAAACCAAUCCGGAGCAGGUGAACAAUAUAAAGACCUACACAACUGGAUACUUUGAGAAAACAUCUCGAAACUACAGUUGAUGUUCGUAGCUUUAAACUACAUGCCUAAGGCUUUCAUGGUAACAAAAUGGUAACAAAAAGGGGAAACUCUACCUGCCAGAGAGCAGAUGUAGUAUAGCAGGUUUGUGAAAUAUUAUGGAGCUUUUUUUUUUUCUUGUAAUGUUCAUGCUACCUCUGUCUUUCAAUCUGACACUAACUUCGUUAACGAACUUCUCCCCCGUUCCGAACUCGUGCGUUUCAGUUUCACGGCUUCAACAGAAACCCCUAUGGGAUUCUGCUGGUUAUAAAUAGUCAAUGUUUUUUCCAAAUAACUAACUAAAUAGAUAAAUAAAUAUAUAAAAAUUCGUUUUUGUUUAUUUAAAGCGCGACAGCAGCCUAAGUCCGCUAAUACUUAGACAGAACGUUAGGUAAGCACCGGGACUUUUUAGAAAAUGAACAUAACAAUCCAUGUUUCAUGUCCGUUCGCGCAAUCUAUUGAUUUUUCUGUCUUUUCCCAUCCAUAAUAUUGAUUGUUGCAGGACCUCGGUCAGGAUGGACGUGGAACAGAGCUCCUACGAAGGUUUCCUUUCGGAACCCUCCAGUGGCGAUGAAGGCGGGUGGGACACGGACUUGGAAGAGUCGAGUUCAGCAACAACACAAGAUGCUGCACCGCAACAGAUGUACUUUACAGCUUGCACUCAGCUCGGAAUACCACCGGCAUCAAAAUUCAUCAAGCAAAUGACCACCAGUAAGGUCGACCUUCGACACUAUGGUCUCCUUGACCAGGGAGUAAGGGCCAUUUCGUACGCGCUAAAACGGAACAUAACAGUGGACACGUUGAAUCUCCAUGACAAUGGAAUUACCGAGACGGGCGCUAGAGCUCUUGCAGACCUGCUGGAGGAGAAUUGCUUCAUAACCAGUCUUGACAUAUCUGGAAACAACAUCGGCAUCGAUGGAAACCGUGCCAUGGAACGAAUGCUCAGAAACACAUCCGCUCUCAAAGAGCUGAACGUUUCAAACAUCUGUCGCAGUGCCGGACAGAUGCUUCCUCUAAUAGAAGGACUCAAAGAGAGUUUUUAUUUGAAGGUAUUAGAUUUGAGUCACAACUGCCUUGACGAUCAAGGAGCCGUUAUGUUAGGCUCUAUUUUGUCCGCAACGAGUUCACUAGAGUCUUUGAAUGUCAGCUGGAACAACAUAUCUAGCAGAGGAGCUGUAGGUCUCAUGGAUGGGCUGCGAGAGGGCUACACUUUAAAGAAGCUUGAUUUAUCUUGGAAUAGCCUAGCAGGAGCGGCUGCACAGGCCUUAACAGGCGCUCUCGAGGCCAACGAAUCCCUAACGCAUCUGGAUGCUACCAACACUUCUAUCGGCUUGCCCGAGGCAAAGAUCAUCGCUAAAGGCCUGAAAAGGAACAGGACUCUUCAAGUGCUACGCAUCGGAAAGAACCCAUUCUUGAGUCCGGGUGCUCACGCGUUGUUGAAGGCAAUUCGGCGAAAUCACGAGAAUGCCCUUCAGGAACUUCAUCUAGAGGGCAUGGCUCUUGAUAGAGACUGCCAUAAGGAGCUCGAGGAGGUGCUUCAAAAGCGACCCGAGUUCAACUGUACCUGGCAAAUAAGUAUCCAAGGAGGUCAAGCCAGAGAUGUUCGGAGCCCAGGGAAAGUUUCGCCAUUGGAUACCUUCGUGCGGUUCGCCCGCAACAGUGGUCUGCGAAUGGUGGACUUGUUCAAGGUGCUUUCUGCCAAACGUGAUACGAUUGGACAAGACGCCUUCAUCGCGGGGUUGAAAAAAAUGAACAUUGCAAUGAGCAAGGCUGACCUGAUGAAAGUUUUUGCCACUCUUGACGUCAAUAAUGAUGGGAAGCUACAGUUUCAGGAAUUCUCGAAUCUAGUCGCCCUAAAGCUGCACGAACAAAACAUCGAAAAGAAGAACUGCAUAGCAGAAAAUCACAAAUAAAAAGAUAAAGUAAAUCCUUACG